AGCAGAACUCCACAAACCAAGAACUUGACCAAUGUGCUUUAUGUGGCUGCAUAAAAGGGCUUAAUAUUUACAAAUUACCAAGGAACUGGAGGCACAUUUCUGCAUUCACCGCAACUACAUUUUAGAAUUAUAUUUUUAUGUAAUAAGAUUAUGGUGCCCAUUAAUGGCCUAGCCCACUGGUUUAGCAAGAAGGAUGUUUGACGUGUACUCCUUGUAGAUUGUUUUAAAAAUACUUUGAGGAAUGGAGGAGGAAAUUAGCAUCAAUGGCUUUGGGCCACGUCCCGCACGGAGAGGCUCAGACUGGGGACCCAUCUCUCUUCUGGAUAAGACCAAGGAAUUCUUCCAAAUCUGUGACGUGGAGGGCAAAGGCUUCAUCACACAAACGGAUAUGAGGAGGCUGCACAGUGAACUGCCUCUAACAGUUCAGGAGCUAGAGGAUGUGUUCGACUCUCUGGAUAUAGACCGCACUGGGUUCCUCACACUGGAGGCUUUCUCUUCAGGAUUCUCCCUUUUCCUGCAUGGUCGGCGGAUACCUUCUACCGAUGACCAAAGUGUGCUUCGUUGCUCGAUCCUGAGAGCCACAGAGGCCCUGUAUCAAAGCCAGUGGGAGGCCAAGUUGGCUGGAGUAGAAGAUGAGGAGGAGAGGCACUUUUGCAUGCUGAUGGAGAGCCUUGGGGCCAGUAAUUUGUUUGAGGACCCAGACGAGGUGCGCAGUCUUUGGGCCCAACUAAGGCGAGACGAACCUCAUCUCCUGUCAAACUUUGAAGAGUUUUUAGCCCGUGUCACACACCAGAUCAAAGAGGCCCACCAAGAGAAGAAGGAAAUGGAAAGUGCACUUCAAAGGAAGGCUGCAACACAUGACAGUGAGAUCCGACAUUUAUAUGAAGAAAUGGAGGCACAAAUCAAAAAUGAAAAAGAAAAACUGUUAUUGAAGGACUCAGAACGCCUACAGGUCCGCAGUCAAGAUCUUGCAUAUCAACUCUCCUCAAAAGAAAAAGAACUGGAUCAGCUUUUCCAGAAACAGAAAAGGUUAGAAUCCCAGUGUCGUGAGCUGAGCAGUGAGAAACAGGAAAGUCACAGUGAAAAUAUCAAGCUCAAGAUGACAAAUGAGGAGCUCUCCAGAGCGCUGGAUACCACGAGCCAGGAACUGGUGCUGGCCCAGGAACAACUGGCUAUUCUGCAGGAACAGGCUGCCCGUCUACAGCAGGAGAAGGAAAUGGAAAUGUACAGAGUGACCGAAGGUCUGCAAAGAGAAAAGCAAAGUCUCAUGAAGCAGCUAGAUCUUCUCAGAGAAAUGAACAAACACUUAAAGGAUGAGCGGGAUAUAAGCCGUGGUGUUCCCCGGUCAUCACUAAGAAAGAAGCAGAAGCAGAGAGCUGGACUUUCUGAACUGUUUGAUGAUGUGACUCAGACAAGACGAGUACCACUGAUGGUGAAUGGCUCCUACGAGUCUCUUGAGGCCUUGCCUAUAGAGCACCUUCAAAUCGUGUUUGUCGCUUCCUCCUCCUGUAGUGACGAUGAUGCACCCAAUGUUGUGUCUCCCACUGCAUCAGGCCCACAGCGGUCAGCUUCAAAGAAGAGCCCUGCCACACCCACCAGUCCUGCCAAAGCAGCACCAUCUGCAGCACAGGACUCAAAAACAAAGGUCAGAAAACCGGCCAGCAAAAUCCCCACCUCCAAAAGACUGACGCCUAAAGACAGAGAAAGAGCAAAGAAAAGUGAAAAGGGAAGAAGCCUUCAUGUGGACGAGGUUGGUCUGGACUCUCCCCCAGAUGGCUGGCCCCUCCGCCGGGUCAUUUCAAUAGAGGAGGACCACCUGCCCCACCUGCUUCAUGGAGGACCACAACCACUGCUGCACCAGCUGAGUGAAGAGGAGGAGGAUGAUGAAGAGGAGGCAGAGGAAGCGCAGAGUGAUAUCGAGGCUAGUGUUGUGACAGAUCUGUCAUCCACACUGCCAGCAAGAAGCAGCUCAGAACCAAUAGACAUCGCACAGCCAAGAAAGUCCCUCUUCACCUGGGCCAGAAAAACACCCAUGUCUCCAAGAGGGCAGCCUGUGGGAAAGGAAACACAGCAAAAAACCAGUGAAGCAACAUUGCUGCCCCCUGACCGUCUGUUUAAGGUGGUGCUUGUUGGAAACUCCAGUGUUGGUAAAACCUCACUACUACGCUCCUUCUGUGAGGGAAGAUUUCAUCCUACUACUACUGCUACUAUAGGCAUCGACUACAGUGUAAAAACUUUAACCCUGGAUAAUAUGCAGAUUGCCAUGCAGCUCUGGGAUACAGCAGGACAAGAAAGGUACCGCAGCAUUACAAAGCAGUUUUUCCGAAAGGCAGACGGCGUGGUGGUGAUGUAUGAUGUCACAGUGCAGGAGAGCUUUAAGGCAGUUCGACCUUGGCUCAUCAAUGUACAGGAAGCAGCAGGAGAAGGUGUUCCUAUACUUCUGCUGGGCAACAAAAUGGACAUCGAGGGUGAAAGAGAGGUGUCCUUUAAAGAGGCCGAACACCUAGCCUUUGAAAACAGGGUGAUGUUUUUUGAGGUCAGUGCCUACACAGGAAAGAAUGUGGAAGAAUCUUUGACACAUCUUGCCAGAGUGCUAAUGGAACAGGAGGAUAGAGUGAGAGACACCACAAUAAUCCUAACUGCUCAGCCCAUUAAGAAGAAACCCUGCUGCAAAUAAAUUAUGCUUGAGUGAAUCAUAGGCAUCAAACAUGGAGAGAGUGAGGCGCCUGUAAUCCCUGUUGUGGGUGUUGAGAUCAUAAUGUUCUUGCGUACAGAAUUAUCUUGGUGGAUCAGUUAAGACGGCCCCACACAACACCCUGUAAAUAAAUCAGAAGUGGGUAGAG